CCCAUUUUAUUGACCUAAUUUACCAACGAAUUCGCGUUCCCGUUGAAGACAAGUUUACACCCAGUAGCAUGGUCAUUUGUCUGUAACUGAGGUUUAACUUAAAUGUUAAAGCUGUUACGGCUUUCUAAGACAGAAAACCUCUUACUUCAACGACUGAAGCCAGUUCAAUGCAUUGUGGGGCAACCCUGUAACGUCCACACGUUGCAGGGAACGUUAGUAGAAAGUGCUGGAAUUUACACAAUUAACACUGUUGAAAAGUUGACAAAACACAAGAAAGCAGAGAGAACCCUCUGGAUAGGGCUUCAGUUAAGCUUAGUACGCACCUUUCAAAGGGGACUAUCAGAUUGGGCUUCUGAUAGUGAUACAGAAGACGAAAUGGCCGAAAACAGAUUCUGCUGCGACUAUGCAAAAAGAGGGCAAGCAAGCUGUAAGAAGUGUAAACAGAAGAUCGAAAAAGGAGUGUUCAGAAUAGCCAAAGUUGUAACAAAUCCAUUCUCUGAUGAAGGAGGAGAUAUGAAGCAAUGGUAUCAUCCAGCAUGCAUCUUCGAAACCUUUCAACGGGCACGUGCAACAACUAAGAUUAUUGAAAAAAUUGAAGAUAUCGAAGGACAUGAGGUUAUAAAGGAUGAGGAGAAAGAGAUCUUGGAGAAACUUAUAAAAGAUUUGGACUCCAAGUUAUCACCAGCCAAGAAGAAGGCCAUGAAACAAGCAAAGAUUGACUUCACAAACUUGAAGACUCCAGAGAAAAAAGACGCUACAAAUGGAAAUAUAAAACAUGCAGAUGAUGACGAUGAAAAGCCAAGUACAUCAGGUUACAGUGGAGCAAGUUUUAGCAGCAAGGAGGCUGAAAAGGACAACUCUUUCCGCCAGUUUCGUUGCCUUUGUGCCGAGAUUGCAGAAGAGGCCAGCUACAAUGGGAAAACUGCCAUUGUUCAUAAAUUUAUUACAAAAGGAAGCAGUGGAGAUGGAUUUGCUGGCAGUCUUUAUCUCAUCAUGAAAUUAUUGCUGCCUGGAUUCGUAAAGCGUGUCUACAACAUCAACAACAAACAACUGAUUAAACUUUACAGUCAGGCAUUUGGAGAAGAUCAGGACGAAAUGUCAGACCAUUUUGAUCAGGGAGGAGAUGUGGCAGAUACCAUAAAGGAGUUCUUUGAGAAGAGCACCAAGCUUCCUCCUCAGAAGAAAAGUACUCUCUCGCUACAGGAGGUGGAUGCAUUUCUGGAUGAACUGACACUCUACACAAGAGAGGAAGACCAGCAAAGGGCUCUUACAAAGAUUGCUAAAAAAUGUACAGCCAAUGACUUGAAGAUGGUGGUGCGACUUGUGAAACACGACCUACGCAUUAAUGCUGGUGCAAAACACAUCCUGGAUGGUUUAGACGAACAUGCCUACCCAGCAUUCCAAGCUUCCCGUAACCUGAAGGACGUGGUAGACAGGGUGAUGGCGAACAAGGCAGAAAAUGGCAGAAAGCCUGGGAUGUCAAAGAAAUUGAGCAUCAAGGCCUCUUUGAUGACUCCUGUAUUGCCCAUGCUGGCAGAAGCCUGCAAAUCGGUGGCUUCAGCAAUGAAGAAGUGCCCCAAUGGGAUGUAUGCUGAGAUUAAAUACGACGGAGAGAGGGUACAGGUCCAUAAGCAAGGGGACAAGUUUCACUACUACAGUAGAAGCCUCAAGCCAGUUCUACCUCAUAAGGUGUCACAUUUCAAAGAUUUCAUCCCGAAAGCAUUCGAAGGAGGCAAUGAUCUUAUUUUAGACAGUGAAGUCCUGCUCAUUGACACUAACACCAGUAAACCACUUCCUUUUGGUUCUCUUGGAGUACACAAGAAAGCAGCUUUCAAAGACGCCAAUGUUUGCCUGUUUGUUUUUGACUGUCUGCAUUACAAUGGAGAGAACCUUAUGAACAGACCAAUCAAGGAAAGAAGGAAGUUUCUAAGAGACAAUAUGAAGGAAAUUCCAAACAGAAUUAUGUUCUCCGAAAUGAAGUUCAUUAAUAAAGCAGAAGAUCUUAAAAAAGAAAUGAUGAAAGUUUUUAAGGAAGGCUUGGAAGGGCUUGUUCUGAAGGAUAUCAAUAGUAUAUAUGAGCCCGGUAAACGCCACUGGCUGAAAGUGAAGAAAGAUUAUUUGAAUGAGGGAGCAAUGGCCGACACUGCAGAUCUGGUAGUGCUGGGAGCCUAUUACGGGUCUGGGAAUAAAGGAGGUCUGAUGUCUGUGUUUUUAAUGGGCUGCUGGGACCCUAAACGCCAGAAAUGGUGCACAGUGACCAAGUGUGGCAAUGGCAUGGAUGACAAAAAGCUUGACCAGUUGCAGAAAGAGCUGGACAUGGUCAAAAUUGGGAAAAAUCAGGCCAAAGUCCCUGACUGGUUAGAUGUGAAGAAGGCUGUUGUUCCUGACUUUGUGUGUGCAGAUCCAAAGAAAUCUCAAGUCUGGGAAAUAACAGGGGCAGAGUUCUCUAAAGCAGAGGUCCACACUGCAGCGGGGAUCUCCAUUCGAUUUCCACGGGUCACCAAGUUCAGGGAUGACAAGGGAUGGAGGGAAGCCACCAAUUUAGAUGAACUCAAGCACCUGUUUAAAACAUCCAAAGAAACCUCUGACCUGGGUGAGUCCAGCCUGAUGGGUGGUAAGUCCCCUGUGAAGAACACACCGAAGAAAAGGAAACAUGAAGACGACGAUGAUGACGAUGAUGAUGAUGAUAACAGCAAUAACCAUUAUGGCAACCCUUCACCAACAAAACAGAUCAUGUUGACACCCAGCAAAACCUCACCUGCUAAAAGAAACAAUGAUGUUACACCAACUAAAAAGCUAAAGACAUCAGAUGAUGGCAAUAACAAACCAUCUUGCAAAUAUGGAGCUGAAUGUUACCAGACAAACCCACAGCAUUUGGAGCAAUUUUCUCAUCCUUCCAAUAGGAAGAUAAAAAGUCCAAUCAAGUCGAAGAUUCUACUGGAUAUAUUCAAAGGCUUAAAGUUCUCCUUGUCCAACAGUGUUGAGAAACUUAAGGACCUCAAGCGAUACAUCAUAGCAUAUGAUGGAGAUGUGGUUCCAGAGUAUGAUAGCAGUCAAGCCACUCAUGUUGUAGUAGGAAAGAAUGAAAAGGUUGAGAAUCCAGCCAGUAAUGUUGUGUCAGAGGACUGGGUGUGGGGAUGUGUGAAGGAAAGGAAGCUUCUGCCUGUAAAAGACUGCUGAUUUAACUCAUGAUUUUGAGGACAACAUCCAGCAGUAUUAUGACUGCAACUGAAACAGGAUCAAACCUAGACUGUAGUCACCAAAGCUACAGUCACAAUACAUUAUAGAUUGAGAUUAGCAUAAAGCUUUCUGUGAUGGAAUUAUCCAGCCACUUGUAUUUUGGCAAAGGGAAUAGAACAGUUAAUUUCUAAUAUCAGUGUAAUUUUAUAAGACCCUGUUCAUGACAUAUUCCUGUCCCAAAAUUGUCCAGUGCUGCCAUCUACAUUUUUUUGUCAAGAAAUAUGGAAAGACCACCAUCUUUGUGGAUGAAAGCAUUCAUUACAGGCAUCUUUUUCUCCACAAAGGAAAGCUCAUAUUUUAUUAGCAUUAAAAGUGAUUCAAACAUUGUUGAUUUCCUGAGAUAUAAUUAAAAUUGUUAAUCUAAGUAGAUGUGAGUCUAGUGGGCUACAACUGGUUUACUGCCUAGAAUGUCUCGUAAGCCAGCUAUAGACAGUCUUACACACAGGCUUAUGCUAGCACGUGGUUCUGCAUGUGGGUAAUUAUAAAAGUAUUAACUUAAUUAUCAGCUUAAUUUAUUAAUGAUAAUGGUAUUCCCAGAAUCUGCCCUUCCUUUAACAUCUGUGGUGUGAUAUUUGAGAGGACAUAUACCAAGUAAACACCCAAUCUUUGAAAUGCAAAAAAAUAUAGAUACAGAUAUAUACAUAAUAAGUUAAUAGAUGUUACUAGCAAAUGUUUUCCUUUGCAUGUUGUUUAUAGUAAAUACUAAGCUUUCUGACCAAAACUAAUAUUUUAUGUCUUUAAUUAUUUGGAAAUAAAAUAAAAAAGCAACCAAUUUUGCAUUCUGACCAAAACUGAUACUUUGUCUGUUUUCAGUUAGGAAAUAGUGUAAAAAAAAAAGCAACCAAUUUAAAAACAACUGUUUCUCAAUGGUUAUAACAUUAUGUACCAUCUUCUCUUCUGAGAAGUGAUUCUAAAUAUACCAUGACCUGUAGUUUUUAAAUUAGAGCAUGGAAAGGGAGCUCGUUGCCCUCAGUAAGUUAAAUUAUGGCGUUUUUGUUUAAACUGCCUGUGAAAUCUACCUCUACUCCAUCAUUUUAU